GUAAGCCAAGCUAUCGCGGGACUGAAGCGUCCGCGAUUGACCUGACAAGAUCACUGGGCCGGAAGGUCUAGGGCGGAUGAUUGGGUAGUUGCAGAGAUGGCGGCGGCCGCAGCAAGUCGGGGGAUCGCGGCCAAACUGGGCCUGCGUGAGAUUCGCAUCCACUUAUGCCAGCGCUCGCCCGGCAGCCAGGGUGUCAGGGACUUCAUCGAGAAACGCUAUGUGGAGCUGAAGAAGGCGAACCCCGACCUGCCCAUCCUAAUCCGCGAGUGCUCCGAUGUGCAGCCCAAGCUCUGGGCCCGCUACGCAUUUGGCCAAGAGAAGAAUGUCUCUUUGAACAACUUCAGUGCGGAUCAGGUAACCAGAGCCCUGGAGAAUGUGCUAAGUGGCAAAGCUUGAAGCUUCUGCUGAGGAGUAAGAGCAACAGCCCUACAGCCUGGGCUCUGCUGGACUGGGUACAAUGUGGACAAAUGUGUUCUGUUCUUUAUAAAGCUUGGGCUGAAAAUGC